AUGGAGAAUUCAGCAGAUUUGGAGUUGAAGAAUCUGAUGAAUGAGCUAACACAAGGGAGAGAACUGGCUAAGCAGCUACAGAUUAGUCUCAAUACUUCGUCUUCUUCAGAUGAAACUUGCGAAUUCUUGAUUCAGAGAAUCAAAAAUACGUAUGAGAAAGCUUUAUCGAUGCUCAACAAUGAUGAUGGCGAUGAUCUUGAUCGAGAAUUCAAGGAAUAUCAGAACACAACUAGGAAGAGAAAGGCUAUGCCUACGUCCACCAAGAAAGUUCAGUUAUGUCCAGGGACAGGACUGGAAGAACAGCUUGAUGAUGGCUAUAGUUGGAAAAAAUACGGGCAAAAAGACAUCCUUGGAGCCAAAUAUCCGAGAGGCUAUUAUCGAUGCUCACAUGGACGUGGUAAAGGUUGCAUAGCUACGAAGAAAGUUCAAAGAUCCAACAACGAUCCAACGGUUAUCGAAAUCACUUACAUAGGAGAGCACACAUGCAACCAUGUUUCUAGUUCAAAUCCAACUCCAACAUUACCUGAAAAUUACAUCUUCCCAGAUACUAACAACCAAUCUUUUCAAAACUUCAACAACCUUUCACCAUCAAGCAUUAAUCCCGAGAGUUACAUCUUUCCUAAUGCUAUGAUGGAUAACUACGUUUUGGGUACAUUCAUGUCUCCUACACCUUCUGAAUCAAACUAUUUUGCGAUUUCACCUACCCUUACGAGCAAUUAUGGAGGAAACCACAAUGCUCACGCCACACAAUCUGAAGUGAUCACUCCAUUCACUUCCUCAGUUACAUCUUCGGGUAUAAACUCUCCCGUCGUUGGUUUAGACUUUCCAUUUGCUCCAAAAGAGAUUGACUCGAACUUUCCCUUCGGCAGUCUUGGAUUCUUUCCUUAA